UGUCUCGAAUGAACGCUGAAAAAUAAGCAGCAAGACGGCGAGAUGUCGACGCUCGCGUUCAUGAUCCAAUUUCUUCUUUAUUUUGUACAUAUAUUUGUCGAGUACGAGAACAAACCGAUGAAUUACUAUUGUCGGUGCACUCUUUAGCUUCAGGUGAAAUUUAGCGACACAUUGCGAAGCAGAGAUCGAGUGAGGUUGGUGGUUAUCGUGUGAAAAUGUGUGCAAGGGGUGUGAAAGUAGAGUACGAGGAGGAACUUCGGCGAGCAAAAGAGGAGAACGAGAGACAACGCCAACCGCUCGAUGCUGCUUUCAAGAAGCCUCGAGAUGUGUUACACAAAGCAGAUGUCAAUGAAGAAGAUCUUCCUUCUGAGCAGCAGGAAUGGAGCUCCUGGGUGAAGCAGGAGGGUCCAGAGCCAGCCCCCAUUAAAGAAGAAGAGGAGGAACACAGCAUCAGUCCAGAGGGACAGAAGAUUCAAGGGCUCGAGGAGGCCAAUAUCACCAAGUUGCCAUUGAAGAGUGAUGAUGAUGAUGAUGAUGGUGAUGAUGGAGACCAUUGUGGGGGAUCACAAGCAGACAGCCUCUUAGCCCCACUGUCAGAUAGCGACGACAUAACGUCACACUCCUCGGACAUUGAUGACGAACACUCCAAAGGUGAACUGACAAUUCCCACUGACAACAAACGCUGCAAAUGUUCUCAGUGUGACAAAACAUUUUUCAACAAGUCAAAGUUAGAAAGACACACGAGAACACACACUGGCGAGAAACCUUAUGCCUGCUCAGUUUGUGGUAAAACAUUCACCUGGAAAGCAGGUUUAAUAAGGCACACAAGAACACACACUGGGGAGAAACCUUUUCCGUGCUCGGUUUGCGGCGAAAGAUUCGCUCAUAAGGAACAACUGGGGAGACACACAACAACACACACUGGACAGACACACUUUGCCUGCUCAGUUUGUGGUAAAAUAUUCACUUGGAAAACUGGUUUGAUAAGGCACACAAGAUCACACACUGGGGAGAAACCUUUUCCCUGCUCGGUUUGCGGUAAAACAUUUAAUCAGAAGACAACUUUAAUAAGGCAUACAAGAACACACACAGGUGAGAAACCUUUUGCCUGCUCGGUUUGUGGUCAAAGAUUCACUCAGAAGGGAAAUUUAGAAAAACACGCAAGGCGACACACUUUGGUUCUCCCCAGUGUCAACUUUUGCCUGCUUAAUCUGCCACCUAACUUUCAUUAAAGAUAGGACAGGGUUGGUUCAACACACAAAAUGACCAACUGGGGAGAGUUUCAUGCUCAGCUUGUGAUGGAAAAAAAAAAAACAAAUUCUCUGAAAGGCACUUUGACAGCACACACAAGAAUACACAUGAGUGAGAAAGCAUGAGAUGCAAGUGUGUUGAUGAAAACAGCAGCUGUAAAUGCACACAGCUAAACAAAUAUUGACUCAUUGUGGUAAGAUGGAAAAGUGUAUAUUUUA